AUGAUCGAAUCACAAGCUCAAGUACAAAGACACCCGGUGAUAGUCGCCACGCAGUGGGGCACGUUGAUUCCAACGAUUGCCCCGCAGUGCCUGAAUCAUGGCCAACCUUUGAAAUUUGCCCAGUCGCCUAAUUGCACCACAAAGGCGACGGGGAUUAGCCAAACGGUGGCUAAAGGUUGCGGCUGUGUGGCUGAUGCCGUCCCCUGGACAUCUGAGGCUGUGAUAUCAAAGAGAACAAACGCAUUGUCAACGAAAGAGCCUCAGGAGUAUGAAUUUCCGGAAAUCUGGGCGGAAACAGAGGCAAGCCUGUGCCGCAUCCAGGGCCAGCAACAAAAUAAGGGGCGCCGUUCAGGGCAAUUUUGGUGCAGGUCUGUGAUAACGGGGAUUGGCUCCAGCCUCCAGGUGAGAUUGGACUUCCAAGUUACCGAUCGGGCAUUUAACUAA